GUACCGUGCACUGUAAUCGUCAACGACCUUAGAACGACGACGCCGUGAUCUUGAUAAGACGAACAUAAUAAUAUUUUCUGUGAUAUUUUUUCCUGUUUGAUAACUCAAAUUGUAUAAAAUAUGUUAUUGUUUUUUCGUGUUAAUUCCCUACGUUUGUCCACUCGCACAGUGUAGUAUUGUAAUAAUAAUUGUUAAUAAUUAUCAUAUUCGACGACAUAUGGGACGAUAACGAUAUCAUAUUAUUAUCAUGCGCAAACAACAAAUUAAAACGUACAAUUAUUGAUAAAACAGUAAUUCCGUGUAAAAGCCAAACCGUCGCGUCAGACUACAAUCGCUUUCCAAAGGCUCAAGAGUCAAACGAGUACCGACAAGUCUUUCGUUACGUUAUUCAUUACGUUUGACGGUAAACACCUGUGCCCAUUGUGUACGGUUAUGGGCAACACUAGCGGUAAUCAGCGCCACAAGUCGGCAGGUCUGAUCGUUCCGUCAUCGCCGACAAAGGAGGUGCAAAGUCAAGCGUUUGUGUUUGAUAAAACUUCGGAUUCUAAUGCGCUACACGAGACUAAUGCGCUGUUCCCCCAGAGUUCAUCGAAACCAAAUGACGAUGAUUUCAACGACGGAAACCCGAAUUCAUUGUCAGAAAGCGACACCGAAAAUAAAAUGUUACCGACCGUGUUCAGAUGGGAUGGCGGUGGCAAACAAGUGUUCAUCAGCGGCACGUUCUCUGAAUGGAAACCUAUACCAAUGGUUCAAAGUCACAAUGAUUUUGUAACUAUAAUUGACUUACCAGAGGGUGAACACCAUUAUAAAUUUUGUGUUGAUGGCAAUUGGCAGUGUGAUAAUAAAGUUUCCAUGAUUGAAGGUGAUCCAGGUAUAACAAAUAACAAAGUAGUAGUGAGGAAAACAGACUUUGAAGUUUUUCAAGCACUAGAUGUUGAUUCAAUUGACGAAAAUUGCAUUGAAAAAAGUGGAUUUUCUCAAGAUAUUCCUUCGUCAGUUCCUUGGCAGAAAGUUUCUGGACCACCAAUUUUACCACCACAUCUUCUGCAAGUGAUACUGAACAAAGACACUUCAGUUUCCUGUGAACCAACACUUCUUCCAGAACCAAACCAUGUGAUGCUCAACCAUUUGUAUGCUCUUUCAAUUAAGGAUGGAGUCAUGGUGUUGAGUGCAACACACAGAUAUCGUAAAAAAUAUGUUACUACUCUACUGUAUAAACCAAUCUGAACAUGAUGAAUUGGAUAAUCUCCUCUUGUUUUGUUUGGAACAGUUGGAAUAUGCAAUGUUGCCAUCCCUUGAUUUACAAGUAAGUAAAUGUCUUCUUUUGUUGUUUUUUUAUUUUCUUAAAACAAAUGAUACUUAAGUAUAAGGGUAAAAUAAGUCUGAGCAGAAGUGAUUAUCUAACCACUUGGCUACAAAACAAUAUAUAUUUUUUUUUUAUACAUAAAUUCUAUGUAAAUAUUUAUGAUUUUGUUUUAUAGAUGCUAUAAAUUGAUGUUUUAUAAAUAAACUAUUGUAAUUUAAAUAAAUGUUAAUUAUUAUGUUUA